AUGUCCUCAGGCCUGGACUCAGAUCAUGCAGAGCUGAGAGCCGGCUGUGGAGCAUCAGCAGCAGCACCUUUCCUGGGAGAGAGACCAAACCAUUCAACAACGUCGAAAGUUGCUUACUUCAAGAGGAAAUAUGCGGAGGAGGAGGAUUUACACGGGGGCCUACGUGGAUAUUUUCAAAAACACCUGAUACUGCAGGAGGACCGCAGCUGCAUCCUGAAGCUGUCCCUGGAGAAGCUGAGGUUCCUGGAGGACCCCGAGGCCUACCUGCGUCGCUCUGUCCUCAUCAACAACCUGCUGAGGAAGAUCCACCAUGAGGAGGAGGAGCUGGAAGCCGAAGAGGAGGAGGAAGAAGAAGAUGAGGUAGAAGAAGAAGUAGGAGAAGAAGAGGCGGUGAUAGGAGAGAGGGGGCAGCGGAAGCUGUUGUACCUGGACAGGAAGCGGGUGAAGGUGCUGGUGAUGGACUGCUGCUCCCCGCCGUUUGGCCUGGAGGAGCUGCAGCAUUACCGGCUGGUGCCCUGCUACCCAUCUGCCCUGUACAGCCUGGGUAGCUGCCCGGGCCUCGCGCCCAACCACCAGGUCCUCCUCUACAACCUGGAGGACAACGGCUGACCACACCUCGCUGCCUCUUUUCAAAGUUUUUACAAAUGCAGUUGACGACAUCAUGGACAUGUGCUGUUUCCUACGUAUGAACUUUGGAAGGAAACUGAGCCGUGGGGGUAGGUCGCCUCCUUCUUCACUUUGCUAAGAGGCAGCGGUGGACUGUCCUUCUGCUUCGGGAUCAACGCGGGUCGGUCUCUGGUUGUUGACUGCCAUGUUGUCAUACAUGCCAACGUGAGAGACUCGCGGCUGGCUGUUGAUGUUGUGUAAUUGAUUCUUAUUGUUAUCGUUGCUCAUGUGAGCCUAUUCAGGGAUUUCCAGACUACUUUUUUGAUGCACCUUGGCUUGCGUGAAGAAUAUGAUUAUGCUUCUGUUAUCUUUUUAUGCUACUGUGUGAUUUAUGAAAUAUUGGGUGUGUAACAUUCCCUGGACUGUGUGAAUCGUCAUGCUAUCUCAUGGUACUCCCUUCUCUGAGAGAUGCAUUUACUGCCUGUAGGGAAAACAGUUGUUUUCUGUGCAUUUGAUGUCCUGUGUUUUGCAUUACUUUUCUGCCCUCUGCUGGUGAAAUAGUUCACCAUGAAGCCCUUUAAAGUGGCUGAUGUGUUCAAAUCCCUCAAUGCAAGCAGGUGGAAAGAAAAGAUGAAAACUUCUUAGUUUAAGUCCCCUGGUUUAGUAUUUCUAAGCAGGACGUGAUCGGUUUGUCACACAUUAUAAUUCAGUUGUAUUCAGAUGUGUGUUUAUUGACCUAACUCCAUUAAUGGAGGAUAAUGAUUGACAAUAUCGUGAAAUACAGAUACAAUACUAUAAGAUGUCUUCAUGGGAGAUGUUACAAUUGUCAAAAAAUGCUUAAAGUGCCCUUUUAUCUGCGUACAACUACAUUAUAGUGUGUUUAACCCAUUUCUUAAAGGAUCAUAAAGUGCUUGUAAUACUAAAUAAGAGGGGGUUCAAGUGGAAUAAUCUUUAUUUGGUUUCCCUUUUUGGGUGAUAGAACUCAUGUUUUGUGUUUAAAAAAAAAAGGAAACCGGCAUCUCUUCUCAUUCUCCUAGAGAUCUAAGAAGUAAAAAAGUUUUUUUUGUCUGCGACCAAAUCAUUUGUAUGUGAUCAAUUUUUCAGAUUUCAGAGUGCAGAAUGUCUUUGGAUGGAUAUUAUAUUCCAAUUUUUUUACUGUCAGUCCUCUGGUUGUAGCAGCAGGUGCAACGUUGUCACGGAGACUGAGUUUUGCUAAAUUGUCAGAAGAUAUUUUAUUAUUUAAUGUGGCACAGCGCGUGCUUUGUAAUAUUGACUAAUCUGCUGUAUGAUGAUUGAUCCUCUUGCAGUGUCUCUUUUAUGUGUUUUGAGCGUUCGGGCCAGCAGUUUCUUAAUAACAAUCACUACAAUGGAAAACAACAUGCUGACGAGAAGCUUGAUAUUUUAAAACAAUAAUUUAUAUUUUGAUGAAAAUGCAUAUUCCAUAUUUAAGAUAAACUAUUUUG